AUGCUUUCCAAUCAAUGUUUAUAUUCGUUUGAUAUUAAAUGGCUUGGAAGAACUGAAGUGCCACCACCAAAUACAAACAAAAUCUUAUCCAAUGUAUUUCAAAAACUCAAAGGAUCAGUACCAAUUGAAUUAGAACUAUCGUUACAAGAAUACACGAUAUAUUCUAUUAGAGCUGUAACAAUACCAAGAAUGGAUAAAACUUUAUGUGUCGAUUCGUAUCUAAAUAAAAAUACUGUGCAUGGACAAAGUCGAUGGCCAUAUAAUAGAUGUGUCUUCAACAGUCAAUUGUUCCAUUGCAAUGAGAUUAUUAUGGAUAAGGAUUAUCGGAUCAACGACGAAUUUCUUUCUUUAUCACCACCUAUUGUUCCUUGGCAUCAAGUUACAUCGCUUAGUAUUGCUCAUCCAUUCAAUUCAACUCAUUUGCGCCUUCUCUUUUCGCAAGCGAUUAACCUACGUACUCUAGAACUACAUUACAGAAGAGAAAUUGAGUACACAUGUGAUUCGAAAAGGGAAAAUUUAAUUCAUCUCUUUAACGAUGCUUCUUUGUGUAAUAUGCUCAUGUCAAAUGGUUUACGACAACUUAAUCUUUUUUUCGCUAUACAUCAAUCAAAUUUGGUAAAAAUUGCCUAUUUAAUCACCGAACGACUACCUCAUUUGCAAGUUAUAAAACUAGAUGGUCUUAGCGAUCAUUUGAUUGAAAUGUCACAUAUGUUUAUCAAUCGUCUCGAGAAAUUAAAUUUUCUCACUAUUACUGGUGGUAUUGAAGAUGGUAAAAUUUAUGAAAAUGCAUUGCGACGUAUUCAUUCAAAACGAAUAAUAAGUAAAAAAUUAUAUUUUUAUGAUCUUCAUGGUGAAAUGACUAAAAUAAAAGUUGUGGCUAAUGAAAGAUAUUAUGACAAUAUUAAAGAAUUUAAUCAUGUUAAUGAACGUAUUCAUCGUGGAGAUAUUAUUGGUGUUAAAGGACGACCAAGUCGUCCAUUAAAAGGUGAAUUAAGUAUAAUUCCUAGUGAAAUAAUAAUUUUAACAGCAUCAUUACAUCAAUUACCUCAUUCACAUUAUCGUUUUAAAGAUAAAGAAACACGUUAUCGUGAACUUUAUCUUGAUUUAAUGAUAAAUCAUGAUGUUCGAGAAAGAUUUAUUAUAAAAGCUAAAAUAAUUUCUUAUCUUAGAAAUUUUUUUCAUCAAUUAGGUUUUCUUGAAGUUGAAACACCAAUGAUGAGUAUGGUUGCAGGUGGAGCAACAGCUAAACCAUUUAUUACAUAUCAUAAUGAUUUAAAUAUGAAUUUUCUAUAUGCGUGUUGCACCUGA